AUGCAGCAGACCAUUGGUCAAUUCACAGAGUUCCGAUCGCGUUUGGACGAGUUUGAGCGCAGGAUCCAUGAGACGUUGAACGAACGGAUGAGUACAGUGCUGGAAUCUGUCCAAAGGUAUAGAGAUGAAGUUGAAGAACUACAGAGUCGACAAAGGGUAAUAUCAGAGAGAUUCAGCAGGCUACAAAACGAGCAAGAGGCUCUGGAGAUCGAGAGGGACACAUUUAGAAAAGAUGCCGACGAUACUAAAAACAGAUUGGAAGGUUUCCAACAGAGGAAGCACCAAUUGGAGUCACAAAGGACAGCCAUAUUAGAGGAAUCCACCGAGCUGGACCUAAUGCUGGAAAAGAAAGAGCAAGAGAUCAGAAAACAGAAGGAAAGAAUGAUGAAGCAACGGCAGCGUGAUAAUCCAGAGCUGAAACUUUACGAAAGGCUUCUAGGAAUGCAAAUUGAUGCUUCUCAACCAGGGACCCUUCAUUUCGAGUUCCGCCAGUUUGACGACCAGGAUAUGGCCCGCCUGUGUGAUAUAACGCUGGAUGUUUCGAGCGAAGACUUCACCAUCCUGCAAUCGACUCCGGAACUUGAUGACGAGGAAAUCAAGAGACAGCUACUGGAUACAUUGAACAAGCAUGGCGAUAUAACCUCGUUUCUGGUCAAAUCUAGGCAGUUGCUCAUCUCACGUGCACUACGUCACCAAUGA